AUGAAAGAUAAAGGAAAGGGUAAAGGGACAGACUUAUCCAAUUUCUUUUUUGGCAAUGUAACAAACGAAGGUGAAUUAGAGGAUGACUCUUUCUUGGAUCGUGAAUUAAGAGAAAACCUAAGUGAAUUUACUAAACAAGGAGGAGGAGCUCAUUUAGGUGUUGAGACGUUGGUUAGAGAUGAUGAUUCGUCUGCGGCGGCAUCACAACAACAACAGCAACUGCAAGGAGGAGAGUUUAGACAAAAGGAUGGUAGAGCUGUAGAUUUUGAAGAUAUUGAUGAGGUUGCAGAAGAGAUUAAUAGUAUAGAGAAUGAAAUCAACAAGAUCAAUGCUGAUCGACUGGCUAAACAAGCUGAAGAUAAUAUCAAACAAAUGACUGCAACUAGAUUACAACAACAACAACAACAACAGCAACAACCAACUAUACUUAGACCACCUAGUAUUGGUGGGUUACCUGGAAUGAUUAUCAAACCACCUCCACCAUUCAUCUCAAAGUCACUCACAACUACAAAGAGAAAGGUUGAAGAAGACUUUGAUUUUGAUGAAGAUGAUUCUGCUCCUAAACAAUCAACUACACAUGUAGUAACACCUCCACUUCCUAUUCUACCACCUCCACCCUUUUCCUUUUCAUCUUCAUCGACAUCACCAAUUGGUAUAAAGACACCUCCUGCUAUCAAGACACCACCUACCUUUACAUCAAUUACAUCAACAACAACAACUGAUACUACAAUGAGUGAUAGUGAAGAAGAGAGUAGUAGUGUUCAGUCUUCGGGUGGAGAAGAUACACCACCCAAAUCAACUUUGACCACCAAUCCUACAAGAUCAACUAAAAAGUUCAAGACAACGAUCAAUGCAGCAAUGUAUGCCAUUCGUAACAUACUUCAAGAUCAAUGGGUCUAUUCAAGAGAGGAUGCAGAGUUUAAGGCGUUUUGUAGUGGUCAGACACCGGAAGGAGCGAUCUUUAAGUUUUCCGAUCUCUUUGCACCCAAGAUGCCAAUGGAUCGACCGAAAAAGCGUAGACGUGUCAAACAACUGCCACAUCAACCUCCCACCGACGACGUGGUCGAUAUUGACGAACAGACCAUGUUUAGUAAACCACAACAAGACACGUCGACUACGUCUUUGAGCGGCGAGACUGGACAAGGAGGUAAUCUACUCGAGAUGAAAGAGAUAACGUCGCCUGCACUCAAAUCAAAGAGUGUACAAGAAAAGAGGGAGUACAAUUUGAUGUUGAUGUUGAUGCAUCAACAAAAACAACAACAACUGCAAGAUGAAGAGAACCUCUUUGAACCAUUACAAGAAAAAGCAAAUGACAAGGUAUUACAAGACUACUAUCAACUACCCGACGCUGUAUUCAAUAAUGUAGAACAAUUUGAUUGGGAGGAAAAGAUUAUUUGGGAUGUUAAAGAUAACAAAGAUAAUAAUCAACAACAACAAUUGAAACCAACAAAUAAUCCACUUCUUUUACAACAAAAUAAUCCAUUUACAUCGACAGAUAAUUAUAUUAGUAAAUCGAUAGAGUUUGGUGAUCAUUUGGUUGGAGUAAAGAGAAAGAGAUGGGGAGACUUUGAAACGAUAGAGACAAAGAUACCGGCACGUACCAUGUUCCAGUCUGGUAUUGUCGGGCAGUGGUCGAUAUUCCCCAUGCGUAAUACUGAUCUCGAACGUGGAGACUGGGUCAAUGAAAUUGUGUGGGAUGAAACGUCGACAGACUAUCGUCCCAAACUACCCAAUAUUAUUUUGGAUUUAAAUGACCGCGACAUGUUGUUUGAAGAUCACGUCAAAAAGGAUGCUAGUAUGAAGUCGUCGUGGACGAUUAAUGUGGGUGGUACAAAUGUGUCGGUUACGAGUAGUUUGGAAGACGAGGGUAAACGCAAGUCGAAAAAGAAGCAGGCAGCAGCUGCAGCGGCGGCAGCGGCCGCGUCAUCGGCCGAAGCUUUGCAACAGCAAAUGUCGGCACUCGACAAGUUCAAUCUGUCCAAUGACAAGUACUACCGUCAAGGUGUUAACCGUAGUCGUGUACGUCAACAAAGUGGUAAGGCAUUGGUACAACACUCGCUGCCAGCUAUCAAGUUGUGUUUGACAAAGACACAUUUCACACUCGACGAUCUCGAAAGCUACCAUCGUCCACGUAUCCAGUUCCCGCCACAACACACGUUCCGUAUUGCACUCUUCCACAAAGAGGCACAUCGCGACGACCGUGGUCGCACGCGUGUUGCUGACCCCUCGAUGAAACAUAAGAUUGAUUUGUCGGCACGUGAAGGACGUGUUGUGUUUGUCGAGUAUCUCGAGCAGCACCCAGCACUCCUCAACAAUGUCGGUAUGGGUGCACGUAUACGCAACUUUUACCGACGCAAAAACGCCAGCGACGCUCCAUUCCUCUCGUUUGAGGAUGGUGAAAAUGUGCUGCUCGACACCAACGACGAGACACCCUUCCUCGGUGACAUUACACCCGGUCGCACGAUUCAAGCACUCGUCAGCAACCUGUACAAGGCACCCAUAUUCCGUCACAACCCGUCUCCCACUGACUUUUUGUUGAUCCGUUCGCGUGACGGUAAGAAAUGGUAUAUCCGAGAGAUGGGCACUCUCUACACGGCCGGUCAGCAAAUGCCCGAGGUGGAAGUACCCGCACCCAACAGUCGUAGUGCCAACAUGUUCCUCAAGAACCGUCUCCAAGCGUUUAUCCACCGACUGUUCCGCAAGAAAAAGAACGUCCAACGUCGUAUCCGCAUUCAAGACGUUUGCAACGCGUUCCCAAGCCAGUCGGAAGCAUCCAUACGCAAGCGUCUCAAAGACUGCGCCGAUUUGCAGCGUGGUGGUGAGGACGGCGGCUGGUGGAUCCUCAAAGACUCGUAUCGUCUUCCACCCGAGGAGGAGAUACAAAAGUCUGUCACCCCAGAACUCGUAUGCACGUUUGAAAGCAUGUUGGUUGGUCUCUACCACCUGCAAGCCAACGGUAUCAUCCACUUUACGUCGCCUGGCACAAUCCCCAUGUUUACACAACGCGAGUCUGCCGACCCCAACCGCGACCGUUACAAAUUGGUCGAGGACGAACUCAACCGCACGCCGUGGAACCUGACCAGCUCGUUUACACAGGCCAUGCAAGGCAAGGGCAAGAUGCAACUAGUCAGCGACGACCCCGACAACAACGAGACAUUCUCGUACCUCAAGAUGCCGCAAAAGGUAGUCAACCAAAAACAAAAGGAUCUGAAAAAACAACUGCAAAAGAAUCAGGUCACAGGUACCGACGCUGAUUUGCGUAAACUCAGCUUGAAAGAGUCAGAGACUGUAUUGCUCAAAUUGGGUGUGUCUGAAGAAGUCAUCAACUCGCUGACUCGUUGGAAGAGGAUUGCAUUGGUGCGUAAAAAAUCGUCCGAAGCUGCAUUGGCUGCUGGCACUGACAGCAAUGCUAUGACCAAGUUUGCGCGUGGGUCGCGGUACUCACUAGACCACCAACAACUGCAGUACAAGGAACGAUGCCAAAACAUCUUUGACAAUCAAAUGCGUGCUCUUCAAGGGCUCGACAGCAACGAAGAUGACGAUGACAUUGAUUUGGAUGAUUUGGAAGACUUGCAAAAAGACAUUGAAGAAAGUUUGUCAACUAAAAAGAGUAACAAAAAGAACUCAUUCUUUGGCGAAGACGAUGAUAUUGAUGAAGAUGAACGUGAAGAGUAUAACAAGUUGAUGGAUGAAAUGACCAAUGGAUCACCGAAAAGUGAGAUUACUGAUAAGAUGGCGGUUGAUCAUCCUACCACCACAUCGACCACUUCAACAACCUCAACCACCUCUACUAGAGAUGCUGCCAACAUGAUGGCGAUGGUACCAUUGACAACCAUUCCUGAAAGCGAUGAAGAUAUGUCUUCGAUUGUUUCCAAUCAAGUCGAACCACACCUCGUAGAGUAUAUCAAGCGUACCACACUCUUUCAAAAGCCCGAUGGAGGAUUGUAUCGACGUAUCGAGAUUAUCCGUGACCCCAAAACCAUCAGAGAGUAUCGUCGUAAACGUGAGAGUUUACGUAAAAGUGGUAUCAUCUUUGAAGAGGAUGAACUCAAACGAAGAAAAAAGACACUCGAAAAUCGUCUACGUAAACUUCAAACGAGUGGUGGUGGUGGUGGUAGUGGUGGUAGCAGCAGUGCCUCUGCUCCAAUGGUCUCUGUAAAUAUCAAUACUAGUGGAAAUAAUAUUAAUAAUAAUAAUAAUAAUAAUAACAACAACAAUUAUAACAAUAAUUAUAACAACAAUAACAAUAAUAAUUAUAACAACAAUUAUAAUAAUAAUAAUAACAAUAACAAUAAUAAUAAUUAUAAUAAUAAUAAUGUUUCUUCAAAUAGUGGUAGUGGAAGAGGAGGAAUAGGAGGACCUAUUUUAGAAUUACCAACAAUGUUGGCAGCACCUCCCAUUCUUACAACUAGUUCACAGACAGUUCAAGGUACUGCAAAGAUUGUUUAUCCCGAUCAUCAGACCAACUCACCAUCACCAUCCAUGUUGCCCAAGAUCAAGAUACCAAUGGUUCGAUCUAGUCUUGAAAACACACCGUCAAUGAUGACAAUGGACAUUGACAAUAUCACCCAAAGUCCAAAUCUUUCGACUAGCCAAUCGAUUAUUGUUCGUAUCAAAAAGGAUGACCUUGCCUCUAUUUCCACUUCAUCCAACUCUUCCUCUCAACACCGUCGAAAAUUGUCAACCUCUUCUUCAAGAGGUUAUAAUAGUAGUGGUAGCAGUGGAAACAUCAAAAUGGAUCCAUACAAUAAUAAUAAUAACAUGCACAACAGUGGUAGCAAUAUCAACACCAACAGUGAUGACGAUGAAGAUAUUAUGAUUGACAGCUCAACUCUUAAACAAUCAACUGGUAGAAGACGUACAAAAGCUGGUGCUGAAGUUGAAUUAUCAAAUAUUUUUGAAAAGGUUAUUGAUAAAUUAAGAAAUAUGAAUGAAUUUGCUGUUUUUAGAGUGAAGGUAACAAGUAAAAUUGAACCAGAAUAUCACAAGAUUAUUAAAAAUCCAAUUGAUCUAACUACUAUGAGAGAUAAAUGUAGACAUUGGGAAUACAAAUCAAAACAUCAAUUUUUAGAUGCAAUUAGAUUAAUGGUCAACAAUUGUUUUGAAUACAAUGCCACUAGAUACCCACAUUUAUUACCAAUAGCUGAAAAUCUUUUGGUGAUUACAGAACAAUUACUUUUGGAUCAUGUCAAUGAAAUUGAAACACUUGAAAGAUCGAUCACUACGGCUGCUGCCAAUGCAGGUGGUUCGAGAUAUGGAGAGUCCAACCCACCAACACCCAUUCUUUCCAACCCCGCAACUCCCUCCAGUCCCUCAAUGCUCUUUAAUGUUGAUUCUCCAUUUUUCCCUCCCGUAUCUGCUUCCAAACAAGAGGAAGAAGAUAUUGACAUUGUUUCCAUUUCUGGUGUAUCUCCAAGUGUUUAUGGUCACCAUUAA